AUGUUUCAACAAGAUAUAAAGCCGCGCAAUGCAACCCCGUUGCUUGCUCAGCAACCCCCACCUGCCCUCUACUACAAGUGCGCGAUGUCUUCCAGUCCCACCAAUCCCACUGAUAACCCCUCAAACGAGGAGAUUCAGCCUCCGAGCUCGUCCACUGACACUCUUAGAGCCCAGCGUGCUCCUCCGGCUCGGAAACGCAACAAGACUCAGUUACAACAAGACCUUGACCAGCAGGAGAAUGAACUCCAUGCACUCCGUGUAUCACUUGAGAACGAGAAAGCUGCCCGCAAGGCGGCCGAGACAGCAGCAGGCAAUGUCGGUGGGCGCACCGAGCCAAGACAGGAGACCCCCAUCCCCAAACCGAAAGGCACCGCCGGCGAAACCUACGUGCUCAAGGACGAGAUGGGACUCCAGGAUGACAAGGCUCAGUAUAGCACUAUCCUAGCCACGGCUCGUAACGCUUUCCUCGCUGCCCGCUUGAACCCGUUGACGAACUACAGUGAGCAGCCGUUGAGGGAUCUCGCCAAUGUAUUUGAGGUGGCUAAGAAAGCCCACCCAAUUCUCUGUCGCUUCACCAACAAUUGGGCGACUGCCGCAAUUGUUCAGCAGUACAUCCAUAGCCGCAAGAGAUACGCCCGAAUCCUCGUGGGCCGGCUCAAGGAGAAGCGUGCUCACGCGUUGCAUGCAAGCCGCUCUGUGUCUCCACCCCGCCAGCCAGAGGCAUCUACAUCAACCGGCGUGUGA